AUGUCGCUGUCGACGCUGCGGCGGAGGGAAAAUUCGAGGGCCAGAGAGCUGACGCCUGAUGGACGAGCACCAGGUGAAGAUCAGGCUCAAGGCGCUCGAGCUCCUCACCGAGGAGAGGGCAGAAGGUUGGAGAUCGGGGGCGCUGGCAGGAGAUUGGAAGCCCUGUUGGAGGAGGAAAGGACUAGAGCGGCUUCGGUGCCGGUGGCUGGUGUCCGCCGACUCCGGUUGGAGGAUGGGCGAGACCAAACCCAGGCCUUGGAUGAUGGAGGCCGGGAGGCUGCUGGUCGUGGGGCGCAAGGAUCGGAACCUUGGAGGACGGAGCCAGAGCCAUGGAGCUUGGCCAGCGUCAAGGCGGACCGAUGGAGGCCUUGGAUGAUCCCAGAGCCAGAUCGAGCCAUGGGGCUUGGCCAACUUCAAGAUGCGGUCCGGCAGUCCUAUGAAGUUCUUCAACAAGCUCUGGGACGGACACAGCCGAGACCAGGGCUACUAGAUCCCCUUCUUCAAGGCAAUGAUCAAGGUGCUCAAAGGGGUGGUGUUCUCGACGACAGAGGGGAACGAUCGCUCUUGCAAAGUACUCCAGCUCGAGCUCAGGCGGGCCAUAGACCUGAAGUUGGACGUUCAGGAGGCUGUGAAAGCGCUGAUGGACUUCGUGCUGGAGGUCAAGUUGGGGGCAGAACUGACAUAGCCCCAAGAGUUUUGGAUCCAUACGGGACGCCUGGACAGAACCAAGGUCAACAGGUGAAUCCUUUUUGGAGUGACGCAGUUCGCAGGGGUGCCAUGGAAUGCGCUCCUGGAGCUGGAGAUCAGCGUGGUUCGCCGGCCGGACAGGUUGGUGUGAGUGGCUUGACUUCUGGACGAGAUAGGAAUCCAGUGGAAAGCCCCAAGGAUGAAGUUGAACGUUUGCGUGCUCGGAUCCUACGGGAGGCUGAAGAGGCCUUUGGCAGGGAGGUGAAGAAGCUUGGAAUCUAUGAAAAGGGCGACGGUGACUCCUAUCACACUGCAACGAGUGCGGGUGGUGGUGGAGGUCAGUCGCAGGUUCCUCGGCAGCCUCAAGCUGAUGGUCCAUCUUUGGAACCUCCUCCGGGAUUGAAUCAUGUGAAGAUAUCUGAUGGAGCAGGCGACCAAGUAGUUUCUGAAUCGCUGCGCCAUCUGGAAUUGCCAGGUUUGCCACAAGUUGGAGCUGAAGGAGCAGCCUUGCAGUUCGGAGAUUGGCUGACCAUAGCCAGUCCACUCAUGAGUUCGCUUGAAUCUACGCCCUUGGAACGUCUCCGUCUCAAGCCCACGGUGGAGGUUGGCCCAGGGUACCAGCGCCUGGAGCAGAGGGGAAUCUCAAUGCUAUUGGGAAUUCUGCCAGAAGCCCUUCGACGGGACAUCGUUGGGGCCCGCAACGUAUCCAUGGUGUCAAUACUCUACCGCCUCUUCGUCGUGUUCCAGCCUGGCGGAGGAGCUGAACGAAGUGCUCUUCUGAAGAACCUUACUGACUUGAAGCCUGGUAGUUCAGUGGCAGAUGUCCUGAGCUCGAUUAUAGGCUAUGGAGACGAUGGAUUUCCCGCGCAGAGGAACUUCGUCUGA